AUGUUUGGUGGAUGGCAGUUUCAUUCAAAUCAUGCAUCACACUACAAUGGUAGAAUUCUAAUACUAUGGAGAGCAGGCUAUUAUAAACUUAGAGUCCUCAAUGAAAAUGCACAGGCAGUCACAUGUGCAGUAACAUUUGUGCCAUUGCAAUUGGAAUUCCUAGCAACAUUUGUGUAUGCAUACAACUCAAGAGAAGAAAGGAGUGAGUUAUGGGAAUAUCUUUGUCAAACAGCUGGAAUGGGGCACAAACCAUGGAUAACUAUGGGAGAUUUCAACUCUGUGCUACAUGAAGAGGAUAGGCAAGGUGGCAAUCCGAUCACUCUUAAUGAAGUAAUUGAUUUCCAAUCUUGUUUGGAUGUAACAGGCUUAACUGAAUUGCCAAACAGUGGAUGCUCAUACACUUGGAAUGAUAAGCAUGAGAGUGGAAGGAUUUUCUCUAGAAUUGACUGGGUGUUUGUAAAUGGUGAAUGGAUGGACAAUUUGGUAGAUUGUAGAGCAAAAUUCCUACCUGAAGGUGUGAGUGAUCAUAGCCCUAUUCAGAUCACAAUAGCACAGAAUAACAACCAAGCAAGGAAAACAUUCAGAUAUUGUAACAUGUGGAGUUCUCAUCCAAAGUUUAAGGAAAUUGUGGAAAAUGUAUGGUCUCAGAAAGAAGCAGCACAGGAUAGAGUUAACCUACUGAAGAGUCAGGAGGAACUUCAAAAGUUUCCACUGAACACUGCUUUACAGCUAGAGGAGAAGGCUAUGGGGGCAAAAUUCAGAAGGUCGAGUUAUCUAGCAGAAAUGUUCCUUCACCAGAGAAGCAAGGCAACUUGGAUUAGGGCAGGAGAUGACAACACCAGCUACUUCUUCUCAGUCAUUAAACACAGGAAGCUAAUGCAGGAAGUCACACAAUUACAAGACCAUAAUAAUCAAAUGCAGUAUGAACCGGAUACAAUAGCAAACAUUUUUGUUGAUUACUAUGGGUGA